AUGAACAACCUUGACUAUUUGGAUUCAUCGGACUCCGACCAUGAAAUCGAGCAAGAUCUUAAUCAAAAGGAAAAUAUUGAAUCGCAGAUUGAUCCCUAUUGGUUUGGUGUGACCGAUGACGAUGAUGAGGAGGAGAAGCGCAUCACCACUACAGGGCAGGAGAAAACUAGUGAAAAAAUUCAAAAAGCCUGUGAUAUUUUGGGGUAUAGCAUAGACAGCAAUUCAUGGUACACGGCAUACAAGCAAUACACUGAGCUGAUUAAAAAGUAUGGGAACGAUUUUAAAAGGUAUUCUCAGCCUUUUGUGGAGUUUUUAGCGUAUCUUCCGGAUCUGAAUGAAAUCCUUGAAGGCAAAACCAAAGACGACUUUGAGGAUAAAAGGGAUUUUUCUUCGCUUAAACAACUUAUCCCUUUACUUAAUGAAGCAAGACAGAAGUACGCUAAAGAAAUCGAACAGCUGGAUAAGGAUGAAAACCAAGAAGAUUCAGAUGAAGAUACUGAAGAGAGUAAAAUUCCGGAGGACAGCAUUGAGUAUAUCAAAAAUGUUGUAAUGAGUGGGAAAAAUAUGAAGCCGAUGGUCUUAUUGAAUAUUGCCAGAGUAUCGCGUCAGAAGAAUAAUAUUGUUUUGCAAAUCACCGCACUGAGUCUCGCAUCAAAAAUCAUUCUAGAGCGUAUUCGUCAUGAUGACUUGUCAAGUGAUAUGAACACGUGGUAUGAGGCAUUUAAAACUGCACAGCGGUGUUUCGACCUUAUCAUCAGCACUCCCAAUAUAAGUUUGACUGAGAAUAUUGAAAAGCUAAGUGAAAAAACGGCUCUUGUUGCGGGUGAUUUCUCAAACAUCCUUAUAAAUUUAUGGCAAAAGAUUUUCUUGAUUAUUCAAAGUGUAGAUGGAACUCUUGGCGACUACAUGCCACUGGUUUCACAUGAAAAUCGAUUAGCCGAUUUUGCUGACAGCAUUCUGAAGUACUAUCAGCUAAAAGGAUCCAAUACUAAGAAAUCCCAUGUUCGCACAUGUGCAGAAGUUCUUCUUAGCAUCCUUGGGCCACGUCGCCAAGCUGCGCAUUCUAUGCUCUUUAAAAGGAUGGUUAUGGAUCGGUGUGUUAUCACCGAGUCUGUUUUGGAUACAAUUAAAGAGCUCCACAGAAUUCUGGUUUCUGUGGGUGAUGAGAAGACGGCUAAAUGUGCAAUCUGCUAUAUUGCUUAUCAGCAUGGGCUGUUAGGCAAAUAUCGUGAGGGUCGGGAUAUACUUUUGCGCUCAGGGAUUCAGGAAUACCUCAAGACAAAAGAGGAAGACAUGACUUUUUACCCCAAGCUGUCUGUCUUAUUAAACCGGGCUAUCGCACAGUUAAGCUUAGGUGCUUUCGUUGCUUCAAACAUCCAACAAACUUACGACUUACUCGGAAGCAUCUGGACCCUACGGAACCACCAUGUUUUGAUUGGAGAAAGCGUACCAGGACGACUUAAAAAGGGUGAAGGUCUUGAAUAUAAAAAAUUCAUGGUUGCACCCUAUCAUUUCAUACCUUCCCAACAGCUAGAAUUAGCAGCCUUGCUAUCCGCACUAAUUAUUGACACCACAAAUGAGGCCAAGAACCCGUACGAACGAAGUUGGCUCCAAAAGUUCUUCUACGGGUCCAUCAGUCGGCGAACCCAGCUAUGUGGGAAGCCACAUAAUAUUCGAGACCAAAUCCCCGCAGCCUACUACGCUCUAAAAGUAGGAAACUAUCAGGAAGCUAAGGAAGUAGUCUCGAGCAUUCCUAAUUGGGAUGCUUUUCCUAAUAGAGAUAAAAUCCUUGACGGUUACUUAAAUCACCUGAAGGAGGCCGCACUUCGAAUCUUUUGCUAUACGAACCGAUGCAACUUUUCCACAUUCUCAGCCACGCAACUGGCUUUAAAGUAUGAUAUGACUGAGGAAGAGGUGCGCCGUGUAAUGAAUGGGAUCAUUUCCGAUAAUAAUGCACUUGUCGCAUACUGGGAUCGAGAUGACGCGAAUCUCUUUGUGGAUCGCAGUAAUGUCACCAGACUUCAAUAUUUGGUAUUGCAGGCAUCUGAUUCGGUCUCUGAAUUGGCGCCGUACACGGAACGCAGGUCCCGCGAAGGGGACGGGCGUGAUGGACGAGGAGGACGUCGGAUUGGUAGGGGGCGCGGUAGGAAUUAA